AUGGACUUCCAGCAGUUAAUGAUGCUUGCUUCUCAAAAUCAAAUGAAAGCUGAAAAAAAUCUGCCUUCUACUAAGAAGUAUAGCACAGAAGUAUCGGCACCAAAAAAGCUACAGAAGGUUCGUGCUGCAUCCGAUAUUGUGAAAAAGUUGAGAAAGGAGAAAGUGCAGGAAAAACUAGAAAAGGAAAGGAAUGACAUUAAUGAUCACAUUACAGAGAGAAUCAAGGAACAGAAGCGGCGGGAAGAUGCUCUCCGAGACAAGAAAAUUGAAAAGAUGCGAAGCAAAGUGCAUCAUGAAAGAGAAAAAAGCAAAGUACGGAUUGAUAAACAGAUAGAAAGGGCCAAAGAAAGGAGGGAGAAUGUAGAUGAAAAAAACCUGACUGCCAAAAUGAAGGAGAAAUUAAAAGAGGAACGAUUGCGGGAAAAGUUGAGAGAAAUAAAAUUAAAAGAUAAACAAGAAAUACAGCUGACAACCGAAGGAAUGACAGCAGCUGAAUCAAAGAAAGAAGCUGAGAAAGAACCAGAAAAGCCUACAUCAGCAUGGGACAGGAUCUAUAACCAAAUACAAAAGUCUAAUCCGGUCAAAAAACCAGUGAAACGUAAACGAGUGAUAGACAGUGAUGAGGAGGAUGAAGAAGAAAUGGCAGACUUCAUUGAUGAUGAGCCUAUUGAGGAUGAAUACUCAUCCAAUUAUUCCAAAUGUAUCAGGGAGAUUUUUGGAUACGAUCGAAGAAAAUUCCAGGAUGAUGACGACGAUGAUGAUAAUAUGGAGACAAGUUUUGCUCAACAGAUGAAGGAAGAGAUUAGAAGUACCAAGAUUGGAAUCCUGGAGGAUCUUGAAGAUAUUCGGUUAGAAAAAGAACAGAAAAAAAAGAAAGCAAAAUUAAAAACAUGA